AUGGUGCAAGGCAUCUCGGUACUGGUAGGCACUGUGACUGCGAUGGCCGCAUGUGCGUGGGCCGUGCCGACGGCCACGGCGCCGAUCAAGGCUACGCCGACCGUCUCGGCCCACGGCCUGCGCGUCCCGAUCCGCGUCAACAAGCAGGCGAAGCACCCUCGCAACAAGCGCAUGCAGCCGUCCGAGCUGGUAGACUGGCUCGAUCAAGAAACUUCCAAGCUGCGCGUGAAGUAUACGCACCCCAAGGACCGCCAUUCCUCGCACAACAAGCGCCAGCAGGUGGGACUUGGCGACUCGGGCGCGGAUAGCUAUUACUUUGCACCUAUCGGUAUCGGAACGCCCCUCAAGACGAUGGAUGUAGUACUGGACACGGGAUCUGCGGACUUUUGGGUCGCGGAUGCCGCCUGCACCACCGCGCAAAAUUGUCCGUCCGCGAUGGUCAAGUACGAUGCGUCCAAGAGCAGCACGUACCACGACACCAAUACGCCGUUCCAGGUCCAGUACGGCACUGGUGCCGUCAAAGGCACGCUGGCCACGGACGCCAUAUCGCUUGCCGACUUCAACAUCUCGUCCGUCUCGUUCGGACAGGCAUCGCACCUGGCCAAAAACACGAUCCGUCCGCCCGCCUCGGGUAUCAUGGGUAUGGGCUUCGACACGCUUUCGACCACCGGCACGAUGCCGUUCUGGCAGAUCCUGACGGAGCGCCACAUGCUGCAUGACUACCUCUUCUCGUUCCAACUCACGACGAACUUUGGGUCUGUCAAGUCCGCGAACGAGAUCAACGCUGGUGGUGUCUUUACGCUGGGUGUCCUUGACUCGCAGCAGUAUUCGGGCGACUUGACAUGGGUGCCGCUGGCGCAGGGGUACGGCCCGAAUGGCCUGGGGUACUGGGCCGUCGACAUUGACCAGAUGAUGGUGAAUGGCCAGCAGAUCAGCAUGGGCAACAUGGGCGUCGCUGCGAUUGAUACCGGCACGACGCUGAUCGGCGGCCCGCAGCGUCUCGUGGAGCAGAUCCACUCGAUCAUCCCUGGCGCGCGCCCGCUGCCCCAGUCGUCGCAGUACUAUACAUUCCCGUGCAAGCAAACGUUCGAGGUCGAGUUUGUGUUUGGUGGGCGCUCGUUCAAGCUAUCGAACGACGACCUGAACCUGGGCCCAGCGUCGACGUUUGGCAGCAGCUGUGUGAGUGCGAUCUUCGUGAGCCCGACGAACUCGGCGCGUAUGCCCGCGUGGAUCGUCGGUGACUCGUUCCUCAAAACUGUGUUUACGGCCUUUGGUUCGUCGCCGCCGAGUGUCGGCUUUGCAGACCUGCCCAAGGGCGGCGCCCAGUCGCUCUCUCUCACGAGCGUGCCGAUGCCGUCGGGCGAGUCGAGUGUGAGUGAGAACCCGUUUGACGGCGGCGACGGCGGCGGGCCACUGGGUGGUGGCGGCGGUGGCGGUAGCUUCGCCAGACCCGAGCCCAACACGGACAAGUCGUGGCAGACCGCCUCGGUCCAGGUGCCUGACCACUUGCAGCCGCUGAGCCCCGCGGGCGGCGGGCUUCGCGGUAGCGCGCGCGGCGGACCGGUCCCAGUACGGGGUGCCGUCUGUGUCGGCCUCGGCCUUGUGGUGGUAGCUGCGGCGUUGCUGUAG